GGCGAGGUGAGGCGAGGCGCGGGCAUGCUCAGUAGCGGCACCGCCCUCCGCCCCCCCCAAGCCUCACAGCAGCCGCCCCGCGCUACGAGGAGCCGCCGGCAGCGGGAGCGGAGCCGGGAGGGAGCCGGGAGGCAGCGGCGACGGGGCGGGGGCAGCGGCGGCCAUGUCUGCUCCAGCUCCUCCUGCCCAAGGUCCCACCAGUGCUGGGGCUGUAGGGCCACCUCCUGCUACCAAUGUGGCAAGUAGCAAACGGCUGCAGCAGACACAAGCCCGGGUGGAUGAGGUGGUCGAUAUCAUGAGAAUGAACGUGGACAAGGUGCUAGAAAGAGACCAGAAGCUGUCAGAGCUUGACAACCGGGCAGAUGCAUUGCAAGCAGGCGCCUCGCAGUUUGAAACCAGUGCAGCCAAACUGAAGAGAAAAUAUUGGUGGAAAAAUUGCAAGAUGAUGAUCAUCCUUGGUGUAGUAUGCGCAGUCAUUCUCAUUAUAAUUAUAAUUUAUUUCUCCACUUGAAAAAGCAAAGGACGACGACUUGGCACAACUUUGUUCAUAUCAACCAACAGUAUCCGUGUUCCUUUGUUGAACUCCGCUUUUUAAUUCCCAGUGUCUUGGGAUUUUUGCUUGUAAUAACCCAUAAGCAUUCAAUGUGGUGUGUUUUGGAAUUCUGUUGUUUCCACAAGAAACUGUACCAGCUAAAUACUGCCAAGUAGUUCCAUACACUGUUUAUCACUGUGUCUUAAAAUGUGUACGCACUGACCUUCAGAAACUGUAAUAUAUGAAAAGCAUUCCAAACAUCUCAGAAUCAGAGAGAGCGGCUAUGGGGAAGCUCCUGCUUAAAGGGAUGCUGUAAGGUGGAUUGGACCCAAAACUAAGGCUUCAGCAAACACAAGGGCCAAAAUUCUCAAUCUGAGCACCUGAAGUUGGAUGGCAAAAUCCACUAUAGGACGCAGCUUCUUGUGGUAGUGAGUCUCUGCUGCACUUUGAAAAGAGUGGUGUCUGCAAGUAUUCCUAGGGUGUGUGACAUCUAUACUUAGCCAACCAAACACACGCGUUUUUAGAUUAGUUGUGGUGUCCACGUCUACACACAUUGCCUGCAGAAAGUAAAUAGGACUGCCUUUUAUGGAUUAAAAUUUUCCCUUGUGGGGUGUUCGGUGCAACCAAGAAGCCCUCAGUAUGAAAGACAGAAAGAAACCUGUAUGACAACCAAAAAAUAUUAGCUAGCGGAAUCUGGGAAAAGCUACAUGAAAUGCAAAAAUAGUCACACACACACCAAAAAUGACCAAGAUGCAGACUCUUGCUAAAAACUCGAGGCGGUGUUUGUCAGACUUGAUGGGACUCUCCUGAAUGCCAGAUCCCAAUACUUACUGCCCUAACUUGAAGCACACGAAUGACUUUGGGGAUGUCUGUGGCUUUCCAGCACAAUUGUAGGAAGCUGCCUCUGCGCUGUUUUGCAGAAAUGGUCCCCACUGUGAGGACAUAUUAAAAAUCAGGCAGAGAAGGAUGUGGUAAAUAGAAGGAAUAGCAGAGAGAGAGGCAGAGAAAAGGAAUGGUGCCUAGCAAAGUUUUCUUGGAGCACAGGAAGACAGAGAAACGCUAUUCCAAACUGGUGGUGUUAAUAGGCUUUUUAAAAAAAUUAAUUUGUGUGUGUGCAUAAUUCAUAAAUUAUAUCUUCUUUAUAAAGUGCUCAGCUGAGAUACUUUUCAUACUUAAACCAAUGUUUGAUAUAAUUAAAAGAUAUAUUGCAGUUUGGGGAAAAUUCUUGUAUGCUGUAGUUGUAGGGUUGCUCCUAAAUGUUCAAUUUCCAUUUUUGAUUUCCUUUUCAAACACUGAAUAGUUUGUUUUGAGAGGGAUGCGGUUAGAAUCCAGAGACAGUUAUACCAGGUUUUAAACAUAUUUAGCCAAGCUAAAAAUGAAUUAUCAAUUUUUGAGCCAGGCAAUCCUGACAGGGUUGUUUUAGGAUAACUUCUUCAGUACUUCUAAGAAUUGCUAGAUUUUUAUUUUUAUUUUUUUAAAGAAGGGUUUUUGCUGAUGUUUUUUUUUUUGUUUUUUUGUUUUUUUUUUUUUUUUUGCCUGCAACUUAGGGCAUUGAAAAUAGUGAUAUUAGCAAAUAUUCCUAGUAUCUUUCUUGAUGUGGUCUUAGAUUAAAACAAACAAACAAACCACUGAGAAUCAGACCAGUUCAUUGCAUUGGAUCUAUUUUCAAACUGCUCAAGUAGAAUGUUGUGGCGAGAAUAAGUAAUGCUUAGUUGAAUGGUUUCAGCUGCAUUACUUUUCCAUAUAUUUAUUACUUCGUUUUCACAUGUACUGUUUCAUAUUGUUAAUAAGCAGGUGGCUACAGUCAUAAUGAAAUAGAAGUAACCUUCAAACAUUAAUAACUUUCAAAGUUAGCUAAUGUGCUACUGGUAUGCCCUGUUCGCUUCAGUUCCUCAACUAAGUACAUGAACAGUUCUGAAAUCCUCAUGGAUCAGACAGGAAACUUUGCUGUCAUUAAGGGCUUGACUCCAUGAAGUGCUACAACUGAUUAACUAUGUAUAAUUGAGCCUUUGCUGGAAAAAGAAUAAGCCAUCCAACUUCAGGACCCUUUUUAAACUACUGAGAUAUUUGGCUAGCUCUUCACAAAUUACCUCCUGAGGGUGGGACCUGACCACCCAUACCCAUGGUGAACAUGACUUGAUCCUCAUGGGACUUUUCUAGAGGAAUGCUGAAAGGACUCCUGAGAUACAGGUAGCUUUCUCUGGAGAUGAGGUCAUUAAGGUCAUGUGCUGACACAGAUCCUUAACGUAGAGAGUGGGAUCUCCUGUCAGAGUCUGAAGUGACUACCUAGCUGAUGGAAGCAGCAGAUACACAUCAAGGAUUUUGAAUCCUCUUGCUACAAAGACACAAAGUUUCCAAAUGAAACUAUAAUGAGAGUGUUGAAAGCAUGCAGAGCUUCGGUCCUCCUAGCUCAAGCAAGUUAGUAAUCAAAAUGGGAGCUUCAGAGGAGACUGGAGAAGAGAAACUCCUGUUUGUAGCACGUGUACUCAUUCUCCCUCAAAACAGUAACCAACAGGGAUGGCUACUAGACGUUGGUAAGAAUUUGCAAGGAAGAGUAAAGUCACAAAACCUAGCUUCUAGUGGGUUGUGAAAUGUUCAUGAAAAGACAAUUUCCUGCCGUGUGCUAAUAAAAUAUGUUAAAUUGAUGUGUUUAACUCUUUAACUUGGUUGCACUGCAGUGUGCUUGUAUAUGUUCAACUCUGCUAGCUGUGCUGCGCUGACUGGUUGCAAUUGGUAAGAUAAGCCAUGUAGCACCUCUCAUUCAGCCCAGGAAGCACGAACAAGUGCGUCCUUCCCUGCUGCACAGACCCAGAGUCUGCUCCUGCAGAGGGUUAAUUAUCCUGCACCGAGAACGUGGUAAUAUAGGACUGCUCAGGGUCACGGAUUGUGCAACACCAUCACAUACACACAGAGUGGUACGGAGGACAAUCUAUAUAAACACAGUUGGAGAUCUUAUUUGUGUUUAAGGCAGGAUUGAUUUGCUUUCUGCACAUUGCCUCUGCACUUAAAAUGUGUAUGCAUAGCUACAACUGCCUGCUUGUAAAUUUCCCGUAUAAAGGUUAACUCCUUGUUUAUUCAGCACCAGUUAGAAUUUCAAUUACUGUGCAGAAGCUCAGCUACGCCUCUUCAUCACUAAUUACUGCCCAGGCUUGGGCUGGUUAAAAGGGCUGGUUUUAUCUGCUUCGUGGAAAAACCUCAGGAGACUGCAAGACUGAUUAAUUUAUGACUGCCAUCUUGGGGACUGAACUGAAGACUUCUCCGGCUGGGAGCAAGGGGUUUGAUAGCUUUAGCUAGAGUCUCUCAUCUGAGACUUGCAUAUUCUAUCCGUGUAAGAAGCAUUCUUCCCCUGCUUUCUGGGCUACAGCUGUACAGCUAGGAUGCCAGCAUGGCAUGGCAUUCAGGAACAGCAUAGCUGAAAUGGGAUGGUUAGGAGCUGGUCUGGGUUUGUACCACAGCUGCUGUUCGACUUGACUACACAUCACCUUCCAAGGUUUAGGCAGUGUUAUUUGCAACCACUCUUCACAGGCUAUUAAGGUCCUGCUUGAGCAUGACACCGUCUUCCUUCUAAUUUAGCUCAUCCUGCAAUAACAUAAAUAGGGCUCUAAACUUAAGUAUCUGGUACACGGAGCUUGCAGGAGCAAGUAGUGAGGAAGCCCAAACAGGGACACUUAACCUGCUUUUCACUUGACCACGUUAUGUAACAGCACAGUCAAUCCAACCUAGUCCAACAUAAUCCAAGAUUAUUAGGAGGAGGGGAGAAUCUGAUAAAGAUCCUGAAUGUAACCAAGGGUCUAUAGGAUAAGAAGUGAUUUAGAAAUGUAGUCAGUUUGAUUUUUAAAGCUGGCACUUCAAUUCCAUUGGAACCUGCAUGAGGUGAGCCCCGGAAUAGAUGAGGCAAGUAAAAUACUUGACUUUUUUCGUUUUUAAAGGGUGAUCUGUGGUAAGCGACUGAAACAUCUGCAAUGCCAGUUAUAACUAUGUAAGGAGUUACUUAGAACAGCCACAGUCUCCUGUGUUUUUGUCUUGGAAGUAAGGGCUUUUGAAAUCUUUCUGUUACUGUCAUGUUUCUCUCCCUGUUCUGACAGGCCUUCUCAUAACUUUCUGAACAGACAAGCUACUUCUUGUCCGAAUACCAUGGGUUUUAGCUCUUAAACGCAAGCUCAUGACUUGACAUCUCUGUUGGAGCACCUGUAAAAUGGUGGUCUGUUUCUCAGAAGUGCAUCUGUAACAGCAGACUGAAAUUUCAGGAACUUUUGGAAGUUGGGAUGGUUACUGAACUCUUCUUCAUACUUUUAUGGAGUGUUUUGUUUUUCUUUUUUUUUUUCUCUGUCCCAUGGGAGGUUAUUGACCCAGUGGAAGUAUGUGUAAUCUUAGUAUUUUUGGAUGCUAGUAUCUCUUUUGCUUGUGUUGGUGCUAGAUCUUUGCAACAAAUGAGAGGGCACUUGGGUGUGACCCAGGAUUUAGAUCUUGACCCUGCCUCCCCUGCCCUUUAAACAGGGAAGAGGGCUAAAUCAGUAGACGUAUAAGGCACUGGGCUCCCUCCCAAUGUACACAGUGAGUACUGGAGAAAGGCCCGAAAGAGGCCAAAGUCUCUUUGGUCUGGCUUCACAUUCCGACCUGAACAUUAGGACUGUAACAGAUCUUAACCUUUGGUUCCCAUGUGCAGUCAGAAGAGCGAGAUGCUCUUCCAGCCAGUUCAGCUCUCCCACUUGAUUUUGGUCUCACUUGCUCGGAGUGAUCCAUUUGAGCAUGUGUUCCUUCGUACUAGACAGAGCAUAAGGACCCUCAAAUUCCUUUCUUUAGAUGGAAAAAGCAAGAAGGCUGAAGAAUGCAGUUUGAAAAAAAUAGACUUCUAUCUAGAGAAACGAUUGGCUGAAAAUUUUUCAGAUGGUGACAUUAUUAUUUUCAGUAGGGAUACUGGACUGAGAUGUAUAAAACAAUCAGACCAGAACCUCACAUCUUUUUUUCCUCCUUUUCUCCAUCAGAAAUUCUUCUCUAUUCCACUUUGAGAAAUGAAUUUGUUUUCUUCUUCAACUAAUUUCCCUUCCUUAUGUCAUUAAUUUAUGUUUCCAUUGAUGUUCUCAGUGGCUCUUUUUCUCCAUUGAGACUCAGAAGACUGUCUUUAAACACACGCAUGAAAAGAGAUCUGAGCCACCCAGGGAGUAUACCUUUUUUCCUGAUGCACUGACAUUUAAAAGCUACAUCUUGCAAUAAAGCAAAAAACUGUGGCAGUCCGAUUACAUGCAGUUUGGUGAAGUAAACACUUGAUUAUCCAACAAUGAGUCAUUUCUGCAGUAACCCCAUUCUGUCAUGACUGGAUCGCAUCUGCUAAUUCUCCAAAGCAAAAAUCAUAACCUGUACUGGUUUAAAACAUGAAUACAUCCUUGUGGCUCAUACGUAACACUCUAUUCAAGCAAAGAAACCAUGUGCUAUAAGUUUAAAAGGACAAAGUACUUGUUUUCAAAGAGAAAAUGCUAUAGAGAACAACAAAGAUAAUUAUGAAAAAGCUGUCCAUUAUUUAGCUCUUCUCACAGUGGCUGGCUUCUCCAUUGUUCUUCAAGUCUUCCUUCAUUCUCUUUGGAAGCCUUUGUGUUUUUGGAGUGUAAUGUAUUUGGAGCAUAGCAUAUUGGGGCUGGGGUUGUUUUGCUGCCCUCUGAAUUGACUCCCUGCCUUCUGUCCUGUUGUUAUUGUUGACCUUGAUCAAAGCUGAGGUAGGCCCGAGUGGAGCACAUCCUCCUCCCCAAAAUGCCCUGCUGUCCUCAGACUGGCUUCUGCUGAUGGGACGAGACCCCUGAAGGCAGAAUGCAGCUCCUAGAUAACUCAGUUCAAAACGACGUGAUGCUGCAGGAUGCUCCUGGUUGCUAGACAAUAGCAUUUUUGCUAAACUACUUUAAUUGCAACGCUGCAGUGUUAAUGAAAUUUAUUUAAUAUUUCUAGUAACAGUAAUUUUAUCAAUUUUGAUGGAAGAGAGGAAACAGCAAAUAAGGAUUGCGUGAUAAUGACAUGGUAGUAAAUUGGGAAAUGGUUUAAGUGAAAUGUAGCCAACAUUCAGUAACUUCCUUCUUCAUGAUUGGCUAUACUUAGGAGCACCUUUCGUACAUUAAAACUAAGUGGUGCUAGUCUGUUGAGGUGCAUAUGGAUUACUACUUCAAAUGAGCUAUGACUUGUUGACCGUAGUUGAAUUUACUUUCUCUUUUUUUCCUGAAAACAGAGGAGACAUACGCAGUGAGGGUGAUCUACUAUUUUUUGCAAAAAGAGCUCUUUGGGAUAUACCAUCCAAAGAUCCUGUGCAACUCUUGUCUGUUGCAGAAGUGCUCAAGGAUUUCAGUCAAAUAAAGGCUCCAGAGUGCUUGGUGCAGUAAAGAUACUGCAUGUCCACUAGGCUUUUUGUUGUACAGGAAGGACUUCAGUAUGCCAGCAACUGUAUCUUUGACACUUUCAUGAAACUCAAAGGGAAAAAAAAGACUCAAAAUAAAAGUAGAACUGUAUUGUAAAGGUCAUGGUUAUACAAUUUAAGAGUUACUUAAGUAUUCUUUGCCUAUUACUUAAGUUAUUAGCAGCUAUAUGGAUACCCAAAUAAUUAGCUUCCAAAGCCCACUCAUUAAUGACAGAUUUUUUUUUCAUUAGAAUGCAAAGUUCAACCCAUUUGCCAUUUGCUUUUUUCCGAGAUUAGAUAUAAAAUAAAAUGCUAAUGUAGCUAAGACGUGUUCACAGGUCUGCACAAUAAAAUGUUACCGAUAGCCCACUACUUGUCAUGAAAAACAUCAUUACUUUGUCUCGUAAAUGAAAAGUCCUCCCUCCCCCGACCACAUACGUGGCAAAAUAUUAGUCACAUUAUGUUUAUCGGCACCUGUUUUAGAAAUUAGUACCUCCUACUCAAAAGCAGGGCUUAAAAACAUCCUUUGUCUGUGGCAAAAAUACAUUUUGAGGAGGAAACACCAACUGUUGUAGAGGUUAAAUUUUUGACAGCUCCUGUUUUUUUUUCCUCCCCCAUCCCAAAAGAAGCACAUAUAUACGUAGACAUUUGCCAUUUGGGUGAUGUGUUCUCUUUCCAAAUAUGAAUAAGGUAAAGCACAGCUAGUAUUUACUAUGAGAAACCUUUACUUAGUUUUGCUACAUAAAAUGAUCUCUUAGUGGCAAUAUAUGAACUCUUAUAAACUUGUUUUAGUCAUUGCAGGAAAUGAGAGUUUGCAGCCAGCUAAUUAGUAUUUUUCUUAAUGACUUCUGCUUGAUUUUUAACACCUUAAAGCAGCCUGUGGAGGUGCUAGCUAAGCAACUCAGCAGUGUAGCCUUAAAAUGGACAGAUGGUUGGGUAUUUCACACUCUCUAGCCUUCUAGGAGAGAAAAGCAAAGCGUGCCCUGUUCUGGAAGCUGCUUCAACACACACUUAAGCAUACAGAGAAUUUCUGUUCUCCGGUAGCUCUGAGAAAGGAGUGAAGGAUAGGGAAGAAUUGCAUCGCUGUGUGUCUCUUACCACCACAUGAGAUGAGAGGGCAUACUGCAUCAGCCAAUACUAAUGGGGAGAGACAAUGAAAAACCUCACUUGUUCUUGCUAAAUCCAGGCCUGAUAAGGAAUCUGUGCCAUGUUCUACUUCAGGACAGGAAAAGCCUUUCCUUUCCUUUGUAUCAUAGAAAAAUUAGGUUGGAAAGGACUCCUGGGGUUUAUCUAGUCCAAUCAAAGCAGGGCCAGCUUUGAGGUUUGAUCAAGUUGCCCAGCGUUUGUCUUGCUGAGUUUUGAAAGUCUCCAAGGAUGGUGAUUCCACAAUGAAUUCUGCCACUGGGUAUAUUCUCUGCCCCACCAAGUGCAUUCCCUCCCCCCUGCAUACAUGAAACCCAUUCCUCUGACACUAAUGCUGAGGUUACCGGUAGCAUUCAAAUAGAUUCAAGGCAUCUGGUAGUCUGACUCUGCACUGUUUGAGGUGAGGGGCAAAACAUUGCUGCUAAGUUGCUACAGUGGCACCAAAGAAAAAGGAUUUACUGAGAUACUAGUUCUCCUCACAAGUCGCUUUAGUGGUGCCAGCUCCCAUCCAAUGCUGCUGGAAUGGCAAUGCAAAACAAAAACCUUUCUUCUGCCUCCUUCCUUUUAGCUCCUUAAGCUUUACGUCCUCUACCAGGAAUAACCAGAAAUUUGUUUUCAGUUGCCCUUUUGAAAACUAAACUCCAGCCCAAACCUUUACUUGCAUCCUUUUAAAGGCCACAGGGUGGUGUUAAGCUAUGUAGUAACGCGUUCAGAGAGGAUCUGAAAGUCUUUGCUGAGAGCAGCAUCUCUCACCUUGUAGACCCGACUGUACUGGGCAAGAAACUGUGCUUUGUGCCUCUACAGAAAACAGUCCAUUUGUGUCUUACUAGAGCUACCUGGGGAGGAAAAAAAAUGUUGUGGAGACCAGGAAAUUUCUUAAAGUGUUCUACCUGGAGGUCAGUGGAAUUUUGUUUAUAAAUGAUGAAAUUCCGCAUGCAUUUUGAUGCUAAAAUUGUGAUAACUUACCAAGUUUGAUAUUACUGUACUUUCCUGUGGAUGGUGAUUUUUUUGGAAGUGGUGAAUGUAUUUUCCAAGAAUACUGUAUACAUUUGGAACAUGUAUGUUUGUGCCAAUAAAUCUUGUUUUAAGAA